GCAAUAUACUCUCACCUUUAAUCAACAUGAAACUUAUUUUUACUCUUGCUACUGUACUAGCUACUCUCGUUGCUGCUCAUGAGGGACACGACCACUCCGAAACCUCUUCUGCUGCACAAGAAUACGAUCCUUCUGCAACCUCUACUGCUGCACAAGAACACGACCACUCUGCAACCUCUACUUCAACUGCUCAAGCUCAGUCCACUUCUUUCCACUACACAAAAUCUACAACACAAAAGCCCGCUUCCAGUCCUGCAGGAUAUACUGGAGGACCUGUAUCAGGAUAUACAGAUGCAACUCAAUCUUCAUUUGAAUCUACGACUGCAACUGGCACCUAUGCAUCAGAAGCCACGGAAUCUGCUGCAACAUAUCCAGAUGGCUCCGGUUCAUAUUACAGUGAUGGUUCUAGUGAUCCUAUUCUCAGCUCUGCAACCGGCUUUACAGCCAAUCUAUUUCUUUCUGCCGUGUUCGUCGCUGCUGUUGCUUUGUUCUAAUCUGUGCACCAUGUACAACUGCACUCCGUGAAAUGAAUCAUUUGUACCUAUUUUGCAGUGAUUGCUCUUUGCUUUUAAAAUAAACAAUAGUUGAAUAGUC